CUCUCGCGGUCGAAGGAGUCAGCGGAAGCGUCUUUUUCCUUUUCCAAAUCUUCAGUCACUAUCGGGCGAUUCGCUGGUUCGCAACGUUAAUUCUCCGACGAUACUCUCCAACGAGAAGAACGUGUCGAGUUUUAUCGACAAGAACGGCGGUCCCGAUCGGAGGACAGUGAUCGAGGUUCGAACGGAACCGAAAAUUGGAGUUUCGUCGACAGUCGAUCGAGUCAGUCCGCUGAAACGUUCCACCAAUGAGAUAUUAUUAAAUCUAAACGAAUUUGUGAUAUUAAUUUCUACUCGCCGCCUACCAAAUGACAGAUAGUGCUCUGAUAUACGUUUCCUGCGAGGAUCGUUGAAGUGCAGCUCUGCCGUUACGAUUCUUCACUGAAAAUUAUUUCUCUCCGUACUCUUAAUCCGAAGAAUUUGCAAGAAGAAGACUGGCCAUCCCGGUGGCAGCAAGUUUUGUCAAGUUUGUCCGAGUUUUUGUAACUCGAUCGAUAGAGGCAAGUCGAUUCGACGCGGCAGUUGUGGCCUGGUGCACACGCAAGCUGGCUCGAAUAAGGGCCUAGGGAGUGCAGGUAGUCUCACAGAAGGGUCCAGUCGCGACGUUGUCAGAUUUCCCGAGAAAGUCGACCAUCCGGUCUAAGGCCUGCGUGUAGCAACAGCGCUUACGGAGUUACGAGAGCGAUGCGAUAAUAGAGUACCAAAGGUACACGAUAACCACGCAGCGAUACGCGCCGAAAAACCAACAAGAAAGCGACGCUUAGGAAUAGCUAGGGGACAAUAACAAUGCGUUGACAGAGGAGUUGCUCGAACUUUCGCUUUUCAAUAGCGCAUAUAUUUGCACGACGGGGAGUAAAGAUAAAGGAACCGAGAGAAUUUACAAUUGCUCGAGAUCGACGAUACCGUGUGCGCGCCAAGUUGAACGAACCAUAUAUAUAUAAUGAAGUCCCUGAAUCGUUGCAUUGUCGAUCGCGUCUCCCAGACUUCCGCGUGAGAUAGACUCUGAAGUUGUUGGAAACGUUUGUGAAAUUGAAAAAGUACCAGACGAGGCAUAGAUCGAUUAACUUUCCUCGGCUCUUGUUACGAGAAUCGUACAAAAUGUCACUCACCUCGACGGACGAUUGGAACGAAACCUUGUCGAUGAUGGAAUUGAACGCGACCAUGACCGUACCCAGCGUUGUUUUGAACACGUCGAAGAGACACGUGGCUCUCGCUUCUCAGGUGGUGCUCACCCUUGUGUACAUAACCGGUGUAAUCGGCAACGUGUCGGCUCUAGUCAUUCUCUUCCAUCGGGAUAAGAGGAGAAAUCGAAAACACCUGCUGAUGCUGCGUUGUUUGGCGACGAACGAUCUCGUUGCGUUGUUGGGGAUGUUGAUACAGAUGUACAUCACAAUUUACGUGGGCAGCGUGAUAUCCACGAGGGGAUUCUGUUCUCUUCGAGUCGUAUGGAGGCUUUUCGGUUUGUUCAGUGGUUGUGUGGCCAUCGUAAUGGCUGCUGAAAGGUGGCUGGCCUUGACGAGACCCUUCGUUUAUCAAAAGCAGGUGACGUAUCCGGUAAUUGUACGUUGUAUGCUGGUACUUUGGCUGGUUGCUCUGGCGUUGACUAGCCUUCCAGUCCUGGGCUUCGGCUUGUACUACAAGGGGGAGCGAUGCGUUCGAUAUAGAGAAGCAACUGAAUCAGCCGACGUAGCGUACGCUUACGUUUGGUUUGUUUUCGGAACUCUUCUCUGCCUAUCGAUUGUCUGGUGCAAUUUGGCCGUUUCCCGAGCACUUAGCAGGCUAAGUCGAAAGGCUGGCGCACUGAGGCGCGUAACUAGAUCUUCCUCAAGGGCGAAACCACUUUUGACGAUGGCUGGUCCACCAUCAGAAGUCGUCGCAACAGCCGAGGAAAGGGCAUUCGCGAGAUUGAUGGCUGUCCUAUCGAUAUCUUUUGUUAUCUGUUGGAUGCCGCAGAUGAUCUCCAUCCCAUUGGCUCAAUUCGCGAUGCAAUUACCUGAAAAGGCACUGCUAGCGAGGAAAGCGAUUCGCAUGUUCCACGUGGCGGCCGAUAUCCUCCUCUGCAUCCACUUCACCCUGGACCCAUACAUCUACGUGUUGUUGAGGAUGCCUAGGCCCAGAUUCCGUCUUCUGAAACCGCUUUGCAAGAUCUGCUGGCCAGGCAGAAGUCGGUCGAGUUCGUUCACAGGAACUACAGAUCACCAGGGCAGCAGUGGUGGCGAUCCAUCGACGCCAAUCACCGAAGCACCCUCCACGCCAGUCAGCGAGGUACACGAUCCUCAUUUGGUGGCAGUGUCUGUCUGAGACAGGCUUCAGCGAACGAUCUUCCUGAAACAACUCAAGAGCUGCGACGUUACUAACGUUUAAGUUGUACACUCUUCAAGAACGUUUGAAGGUCUUCGCUAUAUACACAAGGGGAAGGGUGGGAGGAGGAGGGGGGGGGGGUCGACACUGUGAAAUUUGAUCGAUCGACACGACUGACACCGCCUCAAUAUUUUAUUAACCAGUCAGCUGUGAUCGACGAGUAUAGUCGUCAUGAAAAGAAGGCAAUAUUUUGUAUCACGACGAGUAUACUCGACAUGCGUAAAAUUUAGUUACCAUUGGUUACUUAAGAGUAUGUUUCACAUAUUAAUUUGAGUAACAGAAGUAUAAGUGGCAUGAAUAUUUGGGGCGACAUAAUAUGUAGCCGUCGUUGCGACCCAAUAUUACUCUGUGUUUGACGACUAUACUUGUCGUAGCUUGAUUCUCACGGCAUACAUAGGUGCGCGCCCCGAAAAGAAGACGCCACAGCCGACUGGUUAAUCGA